AUGGCGGAUGAAGUUGAGCAGCAACAAACCACAAAUACUGUUGAAGAGCCGCUGGACCUCAUCCGACUGAGUUUGGAUGAGCGAAUUUACGUGAAAAUGAGAAAUGACAGAGAGCUUCGCGGAAGAUUACAUGCUUACGACCAGCAUUUAAACAUGAUUCUGGGUGAUGUUGAGGAGACUGUUACUACAGUAGAGAUUGAUGAAGAGACAUAUGAGGAAAUAUACAAGUCGACGAAGAGGAACAUUCCCAUGCUUUUUGUCCGUGGAGACGGUGUGGUGCUGGUGGCCCCGCCCCUGAGGGUUGGAUAGAUCCCAUUGGACGGCUGAACUCUCAGAAUCAUGGGGAGCUUUGAUGUGUACUUUGUUUUGUGAAUGGCGGAUACUGCUUACUAUGGUAUUUUCUUUUUUAUAAACUACAUAUGCUAAGGUUUCUAUUUGGAUAACUAUCCCACUUUUGUCAUUAUUGUUGAUCCCUGACUCACAUGGCACUUAUGUUAGGUGUUUAUGGGUUUUGUAUAUUUGAGUUCAUUACUCUUGGAAUUACGGAUGUUCCUAAGAUGCGUUGAUAUUUUCAUGUAAUGCAAUAAAGAUAAAUACCACAGA